GACGGGUCCUUCGCCGCCGCCGCCGUCGGCUGCGAGCGGGACCUGCGCUUCGUCUUCUGCGCCUGCGCCGUGUCGCGGCUCGUCGGCGACUUUUCGGGCGUCGACGCGGCGGCGACGCUGCGCCACAUCGGCGCGUGCCAGGCCUACGACGGCGGUUUAGGGCUCGCGCCCGGCGGCGAGUCGCACGGCGGGUCGACGUACUGCGGCAUCGCCGCGCGCGCGCUGCUCCUCGACGGCGCCGCGGCGACCACGGCGGCCGGCGUCGACGCCGACGCCGCCGUGGCCUGGUGCGCGAGGCGCCACGACGGCCGCGGCGUCGUCGGACGCACGAACAAGCCGCCCGACUCGUGCUACGCGUACUGGGUCGGCGCGGCGCUGCGCUGCCUCGGCGCGCGCCACCUCGUCGACACGACCGUGCCCUUUGUGUUGUCCUGCGAGAACAGGAAGAUGGGCGGCUUCGCGAAGUACCCCGAGGACACGCCGCCGGACCUGCUCCACGCGUUCUACAGCCUCUCG